GCACUGCAUCUCUAACCAAAACACUGUUGUUUUAAACCCAAACACCCUGACACCUGCUGUCACCAACUGCUGGGCAGACAGACUCAAGCCUUGUUGUUACUUGGUGUUUAACCUAAAGUGUGAUUCUCAGCCCAUGGAAGCAAGCAGAAAGGGGUUAUUUAAUUACUUCAGUCAAUGAUUGAAGAAACUGAGAGGGAAACGGCAAGCUUAUUUGGUUGCACCAUGGUUAAAGUGCCUUUUGCCUGCAUUGAAGCAUAAGGUUGCAAAUAGAGAGCACACCAGCGAGCCAAGUGCUCUUUCCACAUGUUUCGUUGACCCAACACCCAGAGGUUCUGUACUGUUUACUCAUUGUCCCGUGGUCCAUUUCACAUCGCCCUGACUUCCUGAGCUGUUCCUUGGAUGUGCACAUAUGGGGUUGUAGUAAGAACAGCCCUGGGCUGCAUGUUGUAAUGGGGAAUGAGGCUUGUGAUAUGGACUCCAUGGUAUCAGCACUGACCUUCGCCUACUUUCUUUCAAAGACUCUGGACUCUAAGAGGGUACCAGUGCCUGUACUCAAUAUACCACGGGCUGAGUUUCCCUUGCAUUCUGACAGUAUAUUUCUGCUAAGAGAGACUGGUUUAUCCCAGGACCACCUGCUGUUCAGGGACGAGGUUGACCUCCGUGGCCUGCACAAGGCUAAACAGCUCACACUGACACUGGUCGACCACAACGUUCUGCCCAGUGCUGACAGUGAGCUGGAAGAAGCUGUUGUGGAAGUGAUUGAUCAUCACCUCCUACAGAGGACCCCAUCUCCGUCCUGUCCUGUCACCGUGGAGACCGUGGGCUCCUGUGCCACCUUGGUGACAGAGCGCAUUGCCCAGAAAGCACCUGGGGUGUUUGACCAACAGGUGGCUCAGCUUUUAUACGGUACUAUUAUCUUAGACUGUGUAAACAUGGCACCCGAGGCAGGUAAAGUCACCCCUAAGGACAGCCAGUACGCCAUGUUUUUGGAGAAGCAUUUUCCAAAGCUGCCUCCGAGGAGUGCUCUAUUUCAGUCUCUACAGAAUGCCAAAUUUGAUGUGUCAGGCCUCUCGACUGAGCAGAUGCUGUUGAAAGACAUGAAAGUAGCAUCCGGUGGGGAUCUGAGACUGGCUGUCAGUGCCAUUUACAUGACACUAGAGGCUUUCCUACAGAGACGUGGCCUACAGCAAGACCUCUGUGAGUUCUGCCACAAUCAUAACUAUAACCUGGUGGUUGCCAUGACAAUCUCUUUCAAUGACAACAAAGAGCCCUUCCGACAGCUCGCCGUCUACAGUUCCAGCACUGUCUACAGGGAUGAGAUGAGUAAAGCACUAGAAAAGGCCAAAAAUCCCAGUCUGGAUCUUCGGCCAAUGAGCAGUCCAUAUUCCGAUGUAAAGGUCUAUGUGCAGGGUAACACUUUGGCGUCAUGCAAGAAGGUAUUGCCUAUAAUCUCAGAAUUCCUAAAGGAAAGGGAAAGGAAAUUGGCUCAGAUUGGGAACAUUGAAGACCUUGAGCUGGAUGAUGAUUCUAAUCAGGACCAGAGUGACUCGCAGCAGCAAUGUGUUGAGGAUGCUGGAAUAGAGGACGAUUCCCAAGUCCCUCCAACGCCAAUGAACAGUCUGGUGGAAGGCUGUCCUUUGGACAAUGGCCUGCCAAAAAUCAAUCCUGAGGUGUUGGUGGAAAAAGUUAGCAAGAUGGCAAGUAUGGAGGACCAAUCUCCUGAAGGACAGUGAAUGAAGAUCUGUUGUUCUACAGAGUCCUUCAUAAGAGCUGGAGAAGGCCAGUCCUCCUCCUUCCAGAAGAUACAGUGCACAUACAGAGGCGCACAAGGGCAAGAAAAUAAAAUGCCACUUUUUUGAUCUGGUUAACUGACAAAGGUACGAUAUGGUCAAAAGAGACCUUUUUGUUGACUUUCUAAGUACAUAUUGACUGGUACAUAUAGAUUUAAAUUGAAUAUGCAUCAGAUUAUUCAAAAAGUUAUUUAAAGUUUGGAUAUCAUAAGUUAUAAAUUAUCAAAAUAUUUCAGGUUUGGGCUAAUUAUUGAUUGGUUCCAGUUUUAUUCAUAUUCUGAUCUUCUCCUAAAGUAAUCAAAAGUCUGAUUGGCUUUGACUCCCCCUCUGUCCAGGCCAUCUCUGUAUAGAUCUUAUCAAUAUAUUUAAACUUGUUCUGUUCUACAAGUGACAGCAUGCAUUCGCUGCAAACCUGUGACUCACAAUUGAUAAAAUUAACUGUUUAAAAAUUUAUUCCCGGUGUUUGCUAUGAUACAAGUAGUUAUAUGGAUGCUAGCUAUUGUGGCCUCAAACCUAUGUUUUUAUUUAUCUUUGUAGUAUUAAGUACCUUAAUUUUAAACGUAAGUAUUUUCACUGACUCGAAACCAGUUCUCAACACAUUUCAAGUUUGUCCUCAGUUUGCCAUCACCAAGUGAAUUGUCUUAACAUCACAAAUCAAUGCAACAUUAAGUCCUGCCUUCAAGUAGUUACUAACAUUAGUGGUUUAGUUGUAAGUGAAGGAUGUGUGGGGACAUUACACUGAUGUACACACCAGAAACACACAACAGCGAUUCCGUGCCAAUUAUAUAGUAAACGUGGAGAAGAUACCUCUUACAAAGCAAAACCAGAUGGGACUUGACAAAAGUAAAGUAGUUUGUCUUUGUAAGCUGGAAUUUUACCAAUGAAGGAUGUCAAAUCUUAACUAUCCCCUACAAGCCAAACAUGAUGUAUGGCACUCAUGAGGGACCGCUGCGCAGCUUGUUGGAGUUCUUGUGUGGAUAGUCUAUUGACGCUCAAAGAGGGCAAUGCCAGUGCUAAAAGCAGAACAAGACCUUGGUCGUUUUCGGAAUGGCAUACUACAAUACUACUCUUACUAUUUCUGUUAUACAUAGAUAUGGCAGUAGCAGUAAGAGUAGGAUGAGUAGAAUGCCAUUCCGGACACAGCCACUAGCUGGGUUUCCAUCCAAAUGUUUCACAUUUCUGAAAAAUCGACUAAAGAAAAAGUAAACUGUGUUAUGCACAUUAUCUUGAGGGAGCCCGCCUUGUGUCAUGGAACAGCUGAACGACCUCCUUGGUUUGGGGAGAGUUGUAUUUGCGGUAAUAGACUAAUUUUACAUUGUUAUUAUAUCCUGCCAUAAGACGUUGCAGAAUAAGUGCAAUAGCUCACAUAAUAAGGCCAUACGCCACCAGCCUCCAUAUACUUGGGAGCGCCUGCGCUCACUUUAAUGACGAGCUGUAGGUUAAGCACUUCCGACUAACCAGGGCUAUGUUUGAAGAAUCGUGUGCCGGGGGGGCCUGGGUAGCUCAGCGAGUAUUGACGCUGACUACCACCCCUGGAGUCAUGAGUUCGAAUCCAGGGUGUGCUGAGUGACUCCAGCCAGGUCUCCUAAGCAACCAAAUUGGCCCGGUUGCUAGGGAGGGUAGAGUCACAUGGGGUAACCUCCUCGUGGUCACGUUUAAGUGGUUCUCGCUCUCAAUGGAGUGCGUGGUAUGUUGUGCAUGGAUCACGGAGUGUAGCAUGAGCCUCCACAUGCUGUGAGUCUCCACGGUGUCAUGCACAGCAAGCCACGUGGUAAGAUGCACGGAUUGACAGUCUCAGAAUCGGAGGCAACUGAGACUUGUCCUCCGCCACCCGUAUUGAGGUGAGUAACCGCGCCACCACGAGGACCUAGUAAGUAGUGGGAAUUGGGCAUUCCAAAAUUGGAAAGGAAAGGGGAUAAAAUGUUUUAAAAAAAGAAGAAAAAAAGAGAAGAAUCGUGCGCCAUGGUCGGGGCUUUCGUUGGGCUAGUCACUUUAAGCUAUCGCACUCCUAUACCAACCGAUGAGCACAUUGUCAUCGCGCUUUACAAAUGGUCAUAACACGUCAUUGUUUAAGUGAAUAAAACAUUGCCAUCACCUUAAUGCGCAUUUUGAAUUAUGCAAAACUUAAACAUUGUGCGAAACAUCAGAAAAUCCACCACAUCCUAGCGCAUAAACUUAUAAGCGAAUGUUGAGUUUAUUCGCAUAUCAAGCAUUUCCAUUUAGGUUUUCUUAUGUGCGAUUUCAAUAUUCACCUAAAAAUAGUUGCAUGGAACCCCAUCUACUGUCUGCAACUCUCUUCAUGUGGAGUUCAAAGAGGCACUUGACGCCCUGAUGUGAAUCAUGUGAAUUCCAUAUCCAAAGUGGAUAGCCACAGCCUGCCAGCCGAUUAAUAUUGUGGAGAAUGAGGGUUUCAGAGAUUUACGCAUUUCAAUAAUUUGCCAACCUAUGGGGAUUUGUUCUUUCAAUUAGUCAACCUUUUUUCUAUCUUUACACUGUGGAAGGCUUUGUUUGGAAAGUGUUAAUAAGGCAUUAUUGUUACAUUUUGUUUUGUUUCCUAAGAAGUAAAUAACUGCAUUUGACAUGAAAAGUAUAUAUAGAGUCAAAUUUCAGCAUUUUCAAAAUCUGUGAUUAAUCGCGAGUCGAAAGUUGAAGAUACCUAAAAUAUUAAUUUAAGGCGCGCCAUUUCCGUUUUAUCUGCAGCAGCUAUAGAUGUUAAUGGAGGAGCAUGUGUCAUGACUAUUAAUAGGUAAUUACAAAAUUUUAAACUCUUCUCAUGAUUCCACAGUGAGAUAGGAAAAGAGUUGUCAUUUAUAAAUGAAAAGUGAGUAUAGUCUUUGGCCGCAUACAUUGAGUCUUAGCUGACCCGCUGCUGGUUAUAAUGACGGGGACUGCAUUUUACUAUUUGAGAUUUUACUACUAACUACCAAAGACUGGCACGAACCUCAAUUUUACCUGUGUGUGAGGAAUGGUAUGCAUUUCAUAAUUUUUUUUUUAUUUAAUUUUUUUUAUUAUGUAUAACUUUUAUUGUAUUCUGUUAAUUUGUACUAUGUUAUCUUGUUUAAUAUAUUUAAGAUUUGACUGCAUUUGGGAUUUAGUAUUCACACACACACACAUACACAUAUAUAUAUAUAUAUAUAUAUAUAUAUAUAUAUAUAUAUAUAUACACUGGCGGCCAAAAGUUUGGAAUAAUGUAUAGAUUUUGCUGUUAUGGAAAGAAAUUGGUACUUUUAUAUUCAACUGAUCACAAUGUAUAGUCAAGACAUUAAUAAUGUGAAAAAUUGUUAUUACAAUUUGAAAAUUUGUAAACUACUUCAGAGUUCUCAUCAAAAAAUCUUCCACAUGCAGCAAUGACAGCUUUGCAGAUCCUUGACAUUCUAGCUGUCAGUUUGUCCAGAUACUCAGAUGACAUUUCACCCUAUGCUUACUGUAGCACUUGCCAUAGAUGUGGCUGUCUUGUCGGGCACUUCACAUGCACCUUACAGUCUAGUUGAUCCCACAAAAGCUCAAUGGGGUUAAGAUCCAUAACACUCUUUUCCAAUUAUAUGUUGUCCAAUGUGUUUCUUUGCUCACUCUAACUUUUUCUUUUUGUUUUCUUUGCAAUUUUUCCCAUAAGGCCUGCACCUCUGAGUCUUCACUUUACUAUUGUACAUGAAACUGGUGUUGAGUGGGUAGAAUUCAAUGAAGCUGUCAGCUGAGGACAUGUGAGGGGUCUAUUUCUCAAACUAGAGACUCUGAUGUAGUUCUUGUUUAGUUGUAUCUGGGUCUUCAACAUCUCUUUCUGUCCUUGUUAGAGCCAGUUGUCCUUUGUCUUUGAAGACUGUAGUGUACACCUUUUGUAUGAAAUCACCAGUUUUUUGGCAAUUUCAAGCAUUGUAUAGCCUUCAUUCCUCAAAACAAUGAUUGACUGAUGAGUUUUUAGAAAAAGCUGAUUCUUUUUUGCCAUUUUUGACCUAAUAUUGACCUUAAGACAUGUCAGUCUAUUGCAUACUGUGGCAACUCAAAAACAAUGUUAAGCUUCAUUUAACAAAGCAAAUAGCUUUCAAUUGUGUUUGCUAUAAUGGCAAGUUAUUUUCUAGUACCAAAUUAGCAAUUUAGCAUGAUUACACAAGGAUAAGGUGUUGGAGUGAUGGCUGCUGGAAAUGGGGCCUGUCUAGAUUUGAUCAAAAAUAACUUUUUCAAAAGGUGAUGGUGCUGUUUUUUACAUCAGUAAUGUCCUGACUAUACUUUGUGAUCAGUUGAAUGCCACUUUGGUGAAUUAAAGUACCAAUUUCCUUCUGAAACAGCAUAAUCUGUACAUUAUUCCAAAACUUUACAAAUUUUGGCCGCCAGUGUAAUAUAUAAUAACUCUUAUUUGUAAUGUGCCUUUCUUGUACUCAAGGCGCUAAAUAUAUAUAUAUAUAUAUAUAUAUAUAUAUAUAUACACACACACACACACACACACACACACACAGUUGAAGUCAGAAGUUUACAUACACCUUAGCCAAAUAGAUUUAAACUCCAUUUUUCACAAUCCCUGACAUUUAAUCAUAGAAAACAUUCCCUAUCUUAGGUCAGUUAGGAUCACUACUUUAUUUUAAGGAUGUGAAAUGUCAGAAUAAUAGUAGAAAGAAUGAUUUAUUUCAGCUUUUAUUUCUUUCAUCCCAUUCCCAGUGGGUCAGAAGUUUACAUACAUUUGGUCGCAUUGCCUUUUAAUUUGUUUAACUUGGGCCAGAUGUUUUGGGUAGCCUUCCACAAGCUUCUCACAAUAAGUUGCUUGAAUUUUGGCCCAUUCCUCCAGACAGAGCUGGUGUAACUGAGUCAGGUUUGUAGGCCUUCUUGCUCGCACAUACUUUUUCAGUUCUGCCCAAAAUUUUCUAUCGGAUUGAGGUCAGGGUUUUGUGAUAGCCACUCCAAUACCUUGACUUUGUUGUCUUUAAGCCAUUUUUCCACAACUUUGGAGGUAUGCUUGGGGUCAUUUUCCAUUUGGAAGAUAGUCUUGAGUAUAUCCACAUAAUUUUUCUUCCUCAUGAUGCCAUCUAUUUUGUGAAGUGCACCAGUCCCUCCUGCAGCAAAGCACCCCCACAAAAUGAUGCUGCCACCCUUCUGCAGCAAAGCACCCCAAAACAUGAUGCUGUCACACCCAUGCUUCACGGUUGGGAUGGUGUUCUUCGGCUUGCAAGCCUCACCUUUUUUCCUCUAAAAAUAACGAUGGUCAUUAUGGCCAAACAGUUACAUUUUUGUUUCAUCAGGCCAGAGGACAUUUCUCCAGAAAGUAAGAUCUUUGUCCCCAUGUGCACUUGCAAACUGUAGUCUGGCUUUUUUUUUAUGGCAGUUUUGGAGCAGUGGCUUCUUCCUUGCUCUGCAGCCUUUCAGGUUAUUUCAAUAUAGGACUCGUUUUACUGUAGCUAUAGAUACAUGUCUACCUUUUUCCUCCAGCAUCUUCACAAGGUCCUUUGCUGUUGUUCUGGGAUUGAUUUGCACUUUUCGCACCAAACUACGUUCAUCUCUAGGAGACAGAAUGCGUCUUCUUCCUGAGCAGUAUGAUGGCUGCGUGGUCCCAUGGUGUUUAUACUUGAGUGCUAUUGUUUGUACAGAUGAACGUGGUACCUUCAGACAUUUGGAAAUUGCUCCCAAGGAUGAACCAGACUUGUGGAGGUCCACAAAUGUUUUCUGAGGUCUUGGCUGAUUUCUUGUAAUUUUCCCAUGAUGUCAAGCAAAGAGGCACUGAUUUUGAAGGUAGGCCUUAAAUUACAUCCACAGGUACACCUCCAGUUGAUUCCAAUAAGCCAAUUAGCCUUUCAGAAGCUAAUUGGCUAAUUACCUAAAGGCUUGACAUCAUUAAUUUCCAAGCUGCUUAAAGGCACAGUUAACUUAGUGUAUGUAAACUUCUGACCCACUGGAAUUGUGAUAUAGUCAAUUAAGAGUGAAACAAUCUGUCUGUAAACAGUUGUUGGAAUAAUUACUUGUGUCUUGCACAAAAUAGAUGUCCUAAACGACUUGCCAAAACUAUAGUUUGCUAAUAGGAAAUCUGUGGUUAAAAAAAUGACUCUGUGGAGUGGUUAAAAAAAUGAGUUUUAAUGACUUCAGCCUAAGUGUAUGUAAACUUCUGACUUCAACUGUGUAUAUAUACAUAUAUAUAUAUAUAUAUAAUCAACUGUCAUAGGGUGGGAUAUAUUAGGCAGCAAGUGAACAAUCAGUUCUUGAAUUUCAUGUGUUGGAAGCAGGAAAAAUGGGCUAGCGUAAGGAUCUGAGCGACUUUGACAAGGGCCAAAUUGUGAUGGCUAGAUGACUGGGUUAGAGCAUCUCCAAAACGGCAGGUCUUGUGGGGUGUUCCCGGUAUGCAGUGGUUAGUACCUACCAAAAGUGGUCCAAGAAUGACAGCGGGGCAGGUUUAAGUGGUUUGAGGCCUUUUUUUAGGUUACAAACAGGUAAUUACAAGGGUAUUAUGCUAUAAAUGUGGUUUAUGAGGACAUUUCUAGUGUCCCCAUAAUUCAAAUCGCUUAACAUACUAAACGAUGUUUUAUUGGAAAUGUAAAAAUGCAGAAAGUUUUUUGUGAGGGUAAGGUUUAGGGGUAGGAGAUAGAAUCUAUAGUUUGUACAGUAUAAAAAUAAUUAUGUCUAUGAAGACUCCUCAUAAUGAUAGCUGCACUAACGUGUGUGUAUGUAUGUAUGUAUGUAUGUAUGUAUAUAUUUUGGGUUUGACGAGAUCUUGUGCCAUUAAAUUAAUAUUUAAUGCGAUAUUAAAAUGUGACGAUAUUUCUCGUCGAGGUGAAAAGCUGUCUCACGAUAUCAACAUGACGGAGUGUGAGGGUGAAAUUAGCAUAGAAGAUGCCCCGCCACUUUUAAAUCGUUUGUGUGGCAGCAUUUUGGGUACCCGGUGGAAACAAAAAACGGCGACAGAGUGACAGACAAGACACGAACAAUAUGUAAGCACUGUAAGAAAAUAGUGCCGUACACCGCGGCUAACACGAGCACUUUGCAAAGACGCCUACAGAACCACCACAGCUCUCAACUAAAAUGAACCGUGCCUGUGAAGAAAACACGAAAGGCCAGACAACGCCAAGUCAGUUGAGUUUGUGGCAAAACCUUUUACAGUGCUUGCAUAUUGUUGUCUUUUACUGCAUAUGAUAAUUCAUACUCAGAAAGUAGAACUGAAGUGACAUUUAUUACAAUGCUCCUGCAUUGUUUGGCAUUUUGUGACUUUCAGUCGAAUAAAAGACUAUUUUUCCAGUCAUAUAUUUCGUCAUUGACGAUUUCUUAAAAAUAGUGUUAAAAUAUCGUCUCGUCUCCUUCUCGUGAACCCAAUAUCGUGUAUCGUCUCCUGAGCUAAGUGUGUGUGUGUGUGUGUGUGUGUGUGUGUGUGUGUGUGUGUGUAUGUAUAUAUAUAUAUAUAUAUAUAUAUACACACACACACACACACACACACUCACUCACUCACUCACUCACUCACUCACUCACUCACUCUCUCUCUCUCUCUCUCUCUCUCUCUACCGGUCAAAAGUUUUAAAACACCUUUUUUUUUUUUAUAAUGAAAUAAAUUAAUAUGGUGGCACAAUUAUAUUUUUGUCUACAAAACUAAUUUCAAACAUUUAAGCAUACUCCUUCAGAUCAAAAGAUUUUUAAGAUCAUGAGAAACAUUACAGUCAAGUGUUUCAAAACUUUUGACCGUGUGUGUGUGUGUGUGUGUGUGUGUGUGUGUGUGUGUGUAUAUAAAAUAACAGUGUGUGUGAGAGAGAGAGAGAGUUGGUUUUUGUGGUUUACGAGGACAUUUUGUUUUAGGUUACACACUAGUAAUUACAAGGGCAUUAUGCUAUAAAUGUGGUUUAUGAGGAUAACCCUAGUGUUACUGUAAUUCAUACAGCUUAAUAAACAUACUAAACAAUGUUUUUUUGCAAUUGUAAAAAUGACAUGUAAAGUAUACAUCUAAGUAUAGCAUCAUAAAAAACAAAAUUUUUAUUUGUGAUAUUGGUAUUUACAAAAGCUGUUAUAAGGUCUAAUUGGAUAUGUACUGUCAUCGUAUUGAACCGUUAGAUAAAGGUGUUUUUGUCAUAGAAGAAAAAAAUAACUAAUUUAAUUGUGGCUUAACAGAAAAAUACAUUAGAACAUUAGUUCCAUGUGACAAGGAGGAGGGCGUUGCUGGGGCGUGACUAUUCAUGAAUCAGCUGAUCAUUGGGAGAGCAGACAAAGGGGAGCCGGAGGUGCCAGUUCGAGAGAGAGCUGCGCUGCAUGUGUGUCUGUUCGUUUAUGUUUUAUGUUGUUUUAAGUUCAUUUAUAUCAUUAAAUUAUACAUUUACUGUUCAGCAGGUUCCCGCCAGUGGAACAGUUAUGGAAAGGAGGAAGCUGGGGCCAGCUUGACAAAACACGUAGACAUUUAUUGUUGCAUUUUCAGUCGCACACAAUAAGGCCGCUUUUCAGCAGUACACAAAAGUUUGCUUUUCAGCAACACCACACUGACACACAGACAGCUUAGUGCAUCUCUCUCUCUCUCGUCUGCCCCUGUCUCCUCUCCUUAAAUACUCCCCGCCCCUCACUGGAACGCGAGACCAGUGUGGCACACUGGUGGACCUCAUUUGCCACGUAAAAUUUACUUGAAACAACAUAAAACAUAAACAAACACACACACAUGCAGCGCAGCCACGUACAUCUCUCUUUCGGACUGGCGCCUUCAGCUUCCCUUUAUCUCGCUCUCCCACUGAUCGGCUAAUUCAGGGCUGGCCAUGCAUCGUCAUGGUCCGGCCACACCCCCCUCCUCGUCACAUUCCAUAAUCACUUUUAACUAAUAUUGAUCUCUGGUUUUGCAAUUGUAACAUAUGAUGUAAGAUCGUAUGUUGGUAUUUUGAGGACUUCCUCUGUGUUGUGUACCCAAUGUUAAUUAACCCUGACAGAGAGUUUGAGUGACAUUUGACAUGGUGAAAACAGAGAGGAUUGCUGCAUGCUGCCUCAGGAAAACUAGUAGCAUAUUUUUAGUUCGAAACUUAUUUCGCCAAACUGUAUACUGCCAAUAUAUUAAGAAGUCAGUGCAUAUUGUGUGAAAUGUUGAUCGAAUGUACAUGUAUUAGUGUGCUGUUAUUAUGGUUGAGGAAUUGUAAGAAAACAUAUCCUUUGUCACGUGUAUUUUAUUUACAAGGCCUUUUUUAUUUUAAGUCUCAAACUUUGUACUGUGACUUUAAAUAAAAUCAUUGGCAGAUUGUUCAAAA